GCCCUUUGUGAGAGGAGGGUUUCCAUGCUUUGACAUGAUGCAGGCGUUGGCGGUCCUGCUGCUUCUCCUGGCCUUGGCAGAGCCUUCCCGAUCCUUGGGUCCUGCAGAUUGCAAGGCAGCCGAGCCCAAAGCGGGGGACAUCCUGAAUCUGAUCAAUGCCCAUCGAAGGGAGGGCUACGUCUUCCACCUGCUGCGGGUCGCCGAUGCCCACACUCACAUUGAUGAAGAGAAAUCUGCAGUUAUCCAUUAUUUGGUUCUGGAUGUGAUAGAAACAGACUGCUCUGUCUUGUCUAGGAUACACUGGGAGGCUUGCCAGCCAGGAACAGGCAAGCGACCAUCUGGAAUGGUCAUUGGGAAAUGCAAAGUUGUGGCGGUCACCCACUCAAACACCUCUCGGGAGCCUGAGUGGGAUAAGAUGAUUGGGUUCAAUUGCACAACAAGCUCUGUUUCCUCUGCACUAACCUACCGCAGUCCUCCUCCUGUCAUUAUCAACUACUUAGAUGAUCAAGAACAGUAUAGAGGGCAGGCAGAGAAAGCCCUCAAGCAGUACAAGGAGAAUGAUGCCAGUGCCUCCUCUUUCCAGGUGGUCAAAGUUGAGAGAGUUGUGCAAGUGAGAGGAGGAGAAAGAUCUGGCUUGUAUGUGGAUUUUAGCAUAAGGAACCAGUCCACAGAAGCCCCACUGCCCCACUUCUCCAGGCCCUGUCCGGUCUUUGGGUUUUGCCGGACAGACUUUGUGUAUAACGUGGGGAAUUCUGACUUGAACAACCCAGGUCAUCUUACUGUAGACUGUGAAAUCUUCGAUGUGGAGGACCACAGAAAUUCUAGCAGCGAAAGACAUCCCCAUCGACAUCAUGGCCAUUUCCAUAGGGGUCGACACCAUUUUUCUAAAGACUCAGAUUCAAUACAUAGACCUUUGGGCCAUGGAUGCCGAGAACGAUUUCACCAUCAUCAUUCACGUGAGCCCAGACAACCACCUCACACCCACCAGUCUUCCACCAUGGAAGAGAGAGAUUCUAAAGAUGGGCCACAGGAUAGACUCCUUCCUAGUUCUGAUAAUUCUCCUGUCAAAGAUGAUCCAGAGGUCCAGCAUCCUCAAGGAAUCCCUCCCCCAUUUGGUCAUGAUGAGUGCCACGAUAACCACAGGCAUGUUUUCCAUAGGCAUGAGCCCCAUGAGCAUGGUCCCCAUGAGCCAUGUCCUCAGGGACAAGGUCCAUGUAAGCCUGGUCCUCAUGGUCAUGGUCCCCAUAAGCAUGGUCCUCAUGGUCAUGGUCCCCAUAGACAUGGGCCUCAUGGUCAUGGACCCCAUGGUCAUGGUCCCCAUAGGCAUGGACCUCAUGGUCCAGGUCGAUGUGGGCAUGGGCCUCCACCUGGGCACUCAGAAGAACAAGGUUUUCACAGACCUUUUCCUUUCCCUCCGAGAGAACAUGGCAUUGUCUAUCAACUCCCUUCACUGAAGAAGGGGGAAGUUCUUCCUUUGCCUGAAAUUAGUAUUCCCAGUCGAGAUCAUGGUCCACACCCAGGAAACCAACACCCUCCAAGGCCAGAAAUUCAGCCCUUCCCACAGACGCCUUCAGAAUCCUGUCCAGGGGAGCUCAAGCUUGAAUAUCCACAACUUUUGCCCUUUUUGGAACGUGAAGAUCCAAAGUGAUCAGCUGAUUUUCGUGAUGGAAAAAACCAUGAAAGUCAUGUGCCAAAGGUGUUAGAAAUAAAAAAACCCAACAAUGUAAAAUGCUAA